CUUUGGCUGCUACAAAUGUCGGUACGAGCCUGUUACGUAGAGUCGAUAGAGCAGAAACCUCCUACGCUCCCGGGCCCACAUGGGCACACUUGCCCGCCGAAAGCCAUCCGAAAACUGAUGCACAAAAAUUUACCCAGGGACCCCAGGGGUAACUGUCCUUAUAAUCCACAGUCAACGCCUCAGUCAACGUUUACUGGGUUCCCGAAGAAUUUUAAAGAAUUGUUUUGGCGCUAUUCAAAGAAUUGUUCGCCUGAUAGGUUGGCAAUGCUGUGCGGUCAGCUGUGUCAAAUAAACAUGGCAGCGUCGAAUAGCCGGGUCGACGAGUUGACAAGUUAUUUUAAAACACAUAACAAAAUCAAAGAGCAACAAAGCCACUCAGCAAAGGUACACAGCGUUGGCUGGAGCUGUGACGGGAGACUACUGGCGUCCGGCUCGUUCGACAAGUGUGUUUGUAUUUUUUCUCUUGGAACCGAUCGUUUGAAACAAGAGACAACGUUCCGCGGACAUGGAGGAAGCGUGGAUCAAUUAUGUUGGCACUCAUUUCACCCUGAGCUACUAUCAACUGCAAGUGGAGAUAAAACCAUGCGUAUUUGGGACACAAGAUCUCAAAAAUGCACAGCAAAUAUUGCGACACGGGGUGAAAACAUCAAUAUAUCUUGGUCGCCUGACGGUAACACAAUAGCGGUUGGCAACAAGGAGGAUUUAGUGACAUUCAUUGAUGCAAGAGUAAUGAAAAUUCGUGCCGAGGAACAAUUCAACUUUGAAGUCAAUGAAAUAUCUUGGAACAAAGAUUCGGACACAUUUUAUCUUACAAAUGGUCAGGGAUGUGUUCAUAUUUUAAGCUAUCCGGACCUAGAACUACUGCAUGUAAUCAAAGCUCAUCCAGGGACAUGCAUUUGCAUUGAAUUUGACCCUACUGGUCGUUACUUCGCAACAGGGUCAGCUGAUGCUUUAGUGUCUCUGUGGGAUGCUGAUGAAUUAUGUUGCCUAAGGACAUUUUCUCGAUUGGAAUGGCCUGUUAGAACCAUUUCAUUCUCUCAUGAUGGGCAACUCCUAGCAGCUGCUUCUGAAGACUUGGUCAUAGACAUUGGAGAGGUAGAAACGGGAGAAAAAGUUGCCGAUAUACCGGUCGAAGCUGCAACAUUUACGGUGGCGUGGCAUCCAAAACAAUAUUUAUUGGCAUAUGCGUGUGACGAUAAAGACACUUACGAUCGAAAAAGGGAUGCUGGAAGCUUGAAAGUUUUUGGGUUUUCAAGCGAAUAAAAUUGGAUUUUACCAUAUUGACUGCUUUUCGUCAACUUUCUUUAAAUGGGAUUUUUAUUUGACAAUAACGUUUUUGUUAGAUCUCGUGUGUGAUACCUUUACAUGAUACAUAUAACAUUAUAGCACGAUAAAAUAGUACUCUCUACACCUAAUGCUCUAAGAUGAUUUUAAAAUUCAUAUGCAAUUUUGGUCAAUAUUUGUUGAAGAGGGAAGCUUUUGUAGUGGGUUAUUUUGGUUUAAUGCUAUGUUCAUUACCUCAAUAGCACUGUACAUGCCUGUAUGUUCUCCAUAUAUCUGAAUAUUCUGUAAUUUGAGACGUGUCAAUUACUUUUCUUACAAAUGCAAAGCCAGAUAAGAAUAUGAAUAUUGCCUCUACUCUAAACUGAUCCUUCUGUAAGCUUACUGUUUUUUUUCUUUUCAGUUUUUACUAUAAACAAUUUGAAGCUCACGAGAAAGUAUUGAUUACACUAGUUCGAAUGUAUAAAAAAUUAGUUUGAAAACACAUAAGUCUGACAAAUCAACAAAAUUUUGAACACCCUCUCUCAACGUUCUGUAUCACAUUAUUUUUAUAUGCUUAUUCAGAUGGUGGGUCACAUUAAAGAAAAUUGAAAAUCCGUCUUUCCAUCAUCCGUAUUUUACACCUGUGUUUGCGGUAGUCUCACCAGGGAUGUAUACAAAAUUAACAAAAAGUUCUGCUUGCAUUGUGUGAGAUAGAUACUAAGUAUACGAAUACAUAAAUAUGAGUAGAUGUUACUAGUACAGUGAAUACAAUCAUAGUGCUACUCCUAUGCGUAAAAGCAUGCCAGCAGGUCUGGGAGCUGUAAUUGUUACAAACUAGUGAAUGGCUCGAAGCACAGCAACUACAAACUGGAAAUAUCGAUAAAGAUUUUGAAGAAUCAGAGGGAUUUCUGUACGAAAACUAUUAACACCUAGAUAUAAUGAUUUGCUGUAAAACCUUGAUUAUCGAAACGCUGAGUUCAUACUUCCUAAGCAAUCACUCAAUCUGCUGUAAUCAAGAUACAAUAAACGAAAACGUAUUGUGAUAUUAAGUAAAAGUUGUGAAAAUCCAAAAUAUGCUAUUAAUUGUACUUUAUAAAUCAACUAAAUCAACACAGAUGAAUAGCAAUCUACUCACACAAGAACCGCAUGGCUGUCUUGACACAGAUCUGAAGGAUCCAAAAAAAAAUACAAAACACUGAAAUAGUACUGACGGGCGACAUAAAUAUGAAUUUGUUGAACCAAAACAGUCUUUUGCCAGAAUACUUGGAAGUAUUUUGUGGCCAGAGGUUUAUACCCAUGGUGGACAAGCCAACAAGAGUAACACAACUAACUUCCGCCUGCAUCAAUCACUACUUUGUUUGUAUGAGGCAGUAUGUUGGUGACAUAUUAGCCAUGGUAUUGAAAAUCCACGUUGCAAAACAUUUGUCUAUAUUCUCAAAACUGAAAGAUGCACUAAAUACUUUUACAAAACCUUGAAACAGAUGGUAAAAGAACAGAGCAGAACACUUCUGCGACAAGAGAAUAGAGAUAAAAUGACAAAAUGAUGUUAAUACAAAUGUGACAUUUGUAAUUGGAGAAGCAAAGGAACUUAGAGAAAUUUAGAAAGCUAUUGAAUCCCACUACACAAAGAAAGAAAGUCUGUCACCGUAGGGAUACUGAUGUUAGUUAACGUAAGGGACAAGAUUUUUAAGGAUGCCAUAAACGUGAAUAGUGCAGUUUGAAUAAAAAAUCAAAAGAAUUGUAAACCGUGUAAAUUAAUUUAUAGAAAAAAACAAAAUAAAUCCAAAAAUGAUCGCAUACCUAGUUGGAACAAGUAGGGUGUUAUGGAAGAACGUAAUUAGUAAAUUUCAUAUUAGGAGUAUACUUUCAAUUUCUGGAUAACAUAAAACUGUGGUAGAAAAAAAAAAUACUGCAGAUAGCUUUAGCAAAUAUUUUGUGAAUGUGUGCAAAAACUUGAAGGUAGAAUAUCGAUAAGAGAAGUGCCGGUCAAACAAGACAAGGUCGAGCAGUUUACGUUACUGGAUCUUGUUAGCAAUGAAGUAAUAAUUAGUGUUCAUUGUAGUAUUAGUAUAUAGUAUGAUAGAGAAAUUAAAACUAGGUAAAACCCUAUGUGUAUAAAGUCAUAUCUAUACCCCAUGGCCACUGGUGAAAAUAAUAAAUGGCAUAUGCAGGGGAGAUACUUUCCAACAGUAUUCAAAAAAAUAUUAGUAGAUAAUAAAAGUAUUGAACCAAAGAAUGAGACUAGGAAAAUAUCAACUAGUCUCAGUAAUUGCUAGUAUAGCUAAAAUAGUUGAAACAUGUUCUAAAGAUAGAAUGCUCAAAUUCAUCAUUUAGAAAAGGAAAAUUUACUCAGAUGUUUUGACUUGCCUUACCAAUAAAGCAAAAAAUCCUUGGUGGUUUUAGUGGACUCGGCAAAGGCGUUUCUUACAGUAAAUCUUGGUAAGAUACUAGAUCAACUGGAAAAAUGAUCUUUUAAGAAUUUCUGAAUGGUCUAUUUUAUAGGUAUUGAGUGGAAAAAAAAUGCAGAUUGUGACAAUCAAAAUGAAGUACCAUCGAAAAUUUUGUCACGUGGUGCAUACCUAUAUAAUCCAUACUCGGGCCUUUGCUUUUAUGCAUAAUUAUAUAAUAAAUAUAUUGCUGUAUAUUCCCUAGAGCGUGUUCAGCUUUCAACUUUGGCAAGGAAGGAUACUAAGGAUUGCAAAACUAGUAGACUUUUUACAUUGGAUCGCUUUUUCAGCAUUGAGGUACGAGUUGUCAACGUUUUGUACAUAAGUACUAACAAACAAACAGUAAUUUAAAUCGGAUAUACAAUAAUUUAUUAUUUGUACAAUUCACGUAUAUUAACAGCGUUCAUCUAAAAUUGGACUAUACCAAUUAUUUACCUAUUGACAAAAUUACUACUCCAUCACUUCUGGUUUUCCUAGUAUUAUUCACAAGGUAAUCGACAAUACUGUAUUAAUUGAAUAAUGCACUAUAGAAGCAAAGAUCUUGAUCAUGCAUUCUCUGUCUCAUGAAUAUUUCGAGUCAAAGAUCUAUGUUUUUGACCGAAUAUCACAUAAUCAGUUGAUAGUUAUAUACAAAUA